AAGCGCGCUGCGUGCCCUGCGUGGGCGCCGCGGCCGAGGCGGGAAGUGCGAGCGGCGGCGCCAUGGCGAAGGCGUGGCAGCGCCCGUUCGUGAACGUCUUCCGACACUGCAGGGUGGGGGAGUGGAGGCGGUGCAGCAGGGAAGGCGAUGUGGCCGCCGUGACCGACAAGAGCCUGCACUGCGCCGUGUACCGCAUCCGGGGCGCCCCGUCCUCCGGCGGCUACAUCCAGCUCCCCGGGACCAGCACGCAGUCUCUGGGGCUCACGGGCCGCUACCUGUACGUGCUCUUCAGGCCCCUGCCCGGCAAGCACUUCGUCAUCCAGCUGGAUGUGGCCACCGAGGACGGCCAGGUCGUUCGCAUGUCCUUCUCCAACCUGUUCAAGGAGUUCAAGUCUACCGCCACGUGGCUUCAAUUCCCCCUCAUCUGUGGGGCUGGGGCAGCCAUGAAAGGGGGGACCAGGGUCGGUGCCUCUGAUGCCCGCUGGACGUGUCUGCAGCUCGACCUGCGCGAUAUUCUGCUGGUCUACGUAAACCGGCGCUACGGCCACCUCAAAAGCGUCAAGCUGUGCGCCAGCCUGCUCGUGAAGAGCCUCUACACCAGCGACCUGUGCUUUGACCCCACUCUCACGGUCGCUGAGGCCCAGCGGGCGAGGCUCCGUGUCACACCUGUGCCUCGGGAGAUGGCCUUCCCGGUGCCCAAGGGCGAGAGCUGGUACGACCACUAUGUCCACAUCCGGUUUCCAAGUGACAGCUCAGAAGCAUCUCCCGGGCCGGUUCAGGAGAGCUGCUUUCCUCCUGAGGCAGGCCGGUGGGUACUGUGCCCAGUGGUUUCUGUGGCCGUUCGCUCCCUUCCAGAUUUUCUGGGGCGUGUGCCGCAGCUUCUCCCUCACCUUGGGGCUUCCAGCAGUGCCGCCCAGGACAGGGCGCCCUCCGCGGGCUCCAUAGCCGUGAGUGCUCCUGUGCCCUUGCACACGGCCCCAAAGGGUGGUGGCCUCAGGGUGCUGACGGCCCCUGUGCUCCUGCAGCCUUGCCAGGCCCCCUCGGUGCCCAGGCCUCUUCCGGAGGUCAGCUUGUUCUGUGAGCGCUCAGAGGUUCCCACGGGGAGCAAGCCCUCGGCCUCCGCACACGCCAGGCACAAGUACGCAGCUGGCAAUGGUGUUGACGUGUCCACCCCUAAGUCGACCGUGGUGCCCGCGGUCCGGGGGGAUGUGGCCGUGCACAAGCCUUUCGGUGGAAAGCAGAGCAAGCAGGUGGCGGCCCUGGCCGAGCAUCCCUUCCGACAAAGAAGCUUCCUCCCAGAUCCAAUCCUGAGGCUCAAGGGCGUCGUUGGCUUCGGGGGCCACAGCACCAAAUGGGCCCUGUGGACCAAGGACGGGUCUGCUGUGGUAUAUCCCUGCCACGCGGUCGUCGUCAUUCUGCGCACCGACACCCAGGAGCAGCGCUGCCUGCUCGGCCACACUGACAAGGUUUCUGCCCUGGCAUUGGAUGGGGACGACGUGCUGCUGGCCUCAGCCCAGGCCCGGCCCUCAAGCAUGCUUCGCCUCUGGGAUUUCGGGACCGGGGCUUGCCUGUCCCUGUUCCGGAGCCCAGCCCACAUGCUCUGCUCCCUCAGCUUCUCCCGCGGCGGGGCGCUGCUCUGUGGGGUCGGCAAGGACCGGCAGGGGAGGACGGUGGUGGUGGCCUGGGGCACGGCCCAGGUGGGGCGAGGAGGUGAGCCAGUUCUUCUCGCGAAGACGCACACCGGGUUUGACAUCCAGGCGUUCGAGGUGGCCUUUUUUGACGAAACCAGGAUGGCGUCGUGCGGGCAGGGCAGCGUGCGGCUGUGGCGGCUGCGAGGGGGGCAGCUGCGGUCCUGCCCAGUGGACUUGGGGGAGCACCGUGUUCUGGAGUUGACCGACCUGGCCUUCGGGCCGGCCCAGGAUGGCCAUAUGCUCUACGUGUGCAGCCGCAGUGGCCACAUCUUGGAGAUCGACCACCAGCACAUGGCCGUGCGGCACGCUCGCCGUCUCCUGCCUGUGUGGAUGCCUGGCAGCCCUGUGUCACAGAAACAGACCUUCGGCUCGGGCCCUGGCAUUUCCAUCAGCAGCCUCAGUACGUCCCAGACCACGUGUGCCGUGGGCUCCGAGGACGGCUAUCUGCGCCUCUGGCCGCUGGACUUCUCCUCUGUCCUCCUGGAGGCAGAGCAUGAGGGGCCAGUCACCUGGGUGCGCGUCAGCCCAGAUGGUCUGCGUGUGCUGUCCGCCACAUCCGUGGGCCACCUAGGCUUCUUGGAUGUGCCGUCCCGGGAGUACCGCGUGCUGGUUCGCUCGCACACUGCUCCAGUGCUGGCCCUGGCCACCGAGUGCAGCCGUGGGCAGCUGGCCACUGUGUCCCAGGACCACACUGUGCGUGUCUGGGACCUGGCGACCCUGCAGCAGCUUCAUGACUUGAGGUCCCCCGAGGAAGCCCCGUGCACCGUCGCCUUCCACCCCACGCGGCCAGUCUUAUUCUGCGGCUUCAGCAGCGGGGCCGUCCGGUCCUUCAGCCUGGAGUCUGCCGAGGUUCUGGCGGCACACAGGUGUCACCAAGGCCCCGUCACCGGCCUGGCCACCAGCCCCGAUGGCAGCCUCCUCUUCAGCUCUUGCUCUUCGGGCACCCUGGCCCAGUACCACUGCGCCGCCACCCAGUGUUGCGUCCUGCGUGUGGCAGCUAACGUGGUGUGCCAGGACGCCCACCCCACCCCCAAUGCCCUGGUGCUUAGCGGGGACAGCCGUCUGCUGGCCUUCGUGGGCCCUUCCAAGUACGUGGUGACCGUCAUGAACACGGCCUCGUUAGAGGAGCUGUUGCGAGUGGAUGUCAGUGCCCUGGACCUGGCCAGCGCUCGUCUGGCCUCGGCGGUGGCCCUCUGCUUUGGCCCUGGACCCCCUGGCCACCUGCUGGUGUCCACCUCGUCGAGCACGGUCGUUGUGCUGGACAGCACGUCGGGCCGCGUGGUUCGGGAGCUGCCAGAUGUCCACUCUGGGGCCUGCCCCUCCCUGGCUCUCAGCAGGGAUGCCCGCUUCCUGCUGAUGGCCACGGACCGCGCCAUCAAGGUGUGCGACUACCCGACGCAGGCCUGCCCCGGCUGCCAGGUGUAUAUCGGUCAUUCAGAGCCUGUACGAGCUGUGGCCUUCGCCCCUGACCAGCAGCGGCUCCUCAGUGUGGGGGAUGCCAUCUUUCUGUGGGACAUUCUGGGCCCCCUGGAGAGGUCGCCUCUAGGAAGUGCUGGAGACUCACCUGGGGCACCCCCGACCUGCGAGGCUAGCCCGGAUGCAAGGCAGCUGGAGGACGUGGUGUCCGGGGCCCAUGGGCUCCCCCGGCAGCAGGUGCCCGAGCCAUCGCAGGCGUCCCCACUGCAGCUGGGCAUCUGUGCGGGACCCCUUAGGGAUGAUGAUGGUGCUUUCUCCUGGUCAGAUGAAGAAGGACCCUUGGAGGAGAGCCACAUCCCUGAGGGGCUCCAUCAGGACUCAAGCCUGCCCGUGCUGGUGAAGGAGGCCAGCGGGGCUGGAGACAGGGUCUGGGGGUCUCCAGGGGGCCCCCGGGGCCUCAGCAUGUGUCCCCACCCCCAUGGCUGGCCCAGUGCUCGGGGCACCAGAAAAGCCCAGGUGCAUCCCUCUGCUCGCCCAGACUGCUACAAGCACUUCAUGGCACGCUACAAGACCUCCUCGCUGCCCAAGAGUGCCUCCAUCUCCCGUGGCAGCGCUGAGCGUCUGAUCCUGAAGGCGGUCAUGGGCUACAACGGGAAUGGGCGGGACAACGUGGUAUGGAAGCCAGACACAGGCUUCUUUGCCUACACGAGCGGCUGCCUGGUGGUGGUGGAGGACCUGCACUCUGGCGCGCAGCAGCACUGGCUCGGCCACCCCGAGGAGAUCUCCACGCUGGCCCUCAGCCACGAUGCCCAGGUCCUGGCCUCUGCCUCAGGCUGCAGCAGCACUGCCUCCUGCUGCCAGAUCCGCAUCUGGAACGUGCCGGGGGGCUCCUGCCGACAACUCAUUUCUUACCACAGCACUGCUGUGCAAGCCCUGGCUUUUUCGCCAGACGACGAGCUGCUUGUCACACUGGGGGACUACGGUGACCGCACUCUGGCCCUGUGGAGCGUGGCCACCUGUGAGCUGCUGUCGGUCACCUGCCUCCCAGAGCCAGUGCAUGGGGUGGCGUUUAACCCACGGGACGCUGGCGAGCUGGCCUGCGUGGGCCAACAUGCUGUCACCUUGUGGCUCCUGCGUGGCCCCAACGGCAGCCUCCAGGGCCGCCGAGAGCCCCUCCCUGAGGAGCUGGGGACGGGCGAGCUGACAUCGCUCUGCUACGGGGCUGCCCCUCUGCUCUACUGCGGCUCCAAUGCCGGUCAGGUCUGCGUGUGGGACACCAGCGCCAGCUGCUGCUUCCUGGCCUGGGAGGCAGACGAUGGCGAGAUCGGAGUGCUGCUGUGCUCGGGCACGCGGCUGGUCAGCGGCAGCAACACGAGGCGGCUGCGCCUGUGGGCCGUGGGCACCGUGUCCGAGUUGAGGUGCAAGGGCUCCCGGGCCAGGUCUAGCUCUGUGUUCAUGGAGCGCGAGCUGACCUUGGAUGGGGCCAUCGUGAGCGCGGUCUUCCAUGACACCAUGGACAUGGGCGUGGUGGGCACCACGGCGGGCACGCUCUGGUACGUCAGCUGGGCGGAGGGCAGCAGCACGCGCCUCAUCAGUGGCCACAGGAGCAAGGUGAACGAGGUGGUCUUCAGCCCCAGCACGUCCCACUGGGCCACGUGCAGUGAUGACGGGAGUGUGCGCGUGUGGUCCCUGGCCGGCAUGGAGCUUCUGAUCCAGUUUCAGGUGCUGAACCAGAGCUGUCUCUGUCUGGCUUGGAGCCCCGCCUCCUGUGCACACCCGGAGCAGCAGCAGGUGGCAGCGGGCUACAGUGACGGCACGCUGCGAGUCUUCAGCAUCUCCCGAAUUGCAAUGGAACUCAAGAUGCACCCCCACUGGGCUGCACUGACGGCCAUCGCCUACUCUGCUGAUGGUCAGACCAUCCUCUCCGGAGACAAGGAUGGGUUUGUGGCUGUGAGCCGCCCCCGCACGGGGAUGACGUUCCGUGUACUGAGUGACCACCGUGGUGCUCUGAUCUCCACUGUCCAGAGCAGGAGCAAAGAGCAUGGAGACUUUGGGGCGCAGUGGGCUGACCUGUGGCUGGCGGCUAGUUCAGACCAGCGCAUCAGUGUCUGGGCCGCCGACUGGCCGCAGGGCCACUGUGAGCUCGUGGACUGGCUGAGUUCCCCGUCACCCACCCUCAUGGAGGGUCCCAGCCACCCACCGUCCCCUCUUGUUGCCUUCUGCCCCUGGGAUGGGGCCCUGCUGGCGUGUGCGGGCCUCAGCGUGCGUCCAGAGGUGGUCUUCUAUAGCCUGCGCCAGAAGCAGGUGGUGGAGAGGAUCCUGCUGCCUUUCUUUGCCGUGUCCCUGAGCCUGUCCCCCGGGGCCCGCCUUGUGGCUGUUGGCUUUGCUGGCGGGGUUGCUGGUGUGGGGGGCCCCAGGCCCUCUGCCUGCCUGGGCCCAGCCCCGUGCCAUCUGCCCACAGAGCGUGUGCUGAGGCUGGUGGACUGUGAGUCGGGGACCAUGCAGGACUUUGCUGGCCAUGACGACUUGGUGCAGCUCUGCAGGUUUGCCCCGUCCGCCCGGCUGCUCUUCUCUGCCGCCCACAGUGAGAUCCUGGUGUGGGAAGUCACAGGGCCCUGGGCUGCAGGUGGGGCCUCAGGCUCAGGGCCCCCGCUUGGCUGAGGAGCUGGCACAGCCGAGGGCCUCCUGCGGAGCCAGGAAGGCUUGGGUCUCUGCACGGUGCAGGGGCCUGUGCGGGGCAAGACCCUGAACUUAGGGGGGUGCUGUUUGCUCUUUACCUGAGGGCUCUUCUGUGUCGGCCUCGUGAAGUUCAAAUAAACGUGACCCUUGCAUCCUG